AUGAGCAGCGCUUCGGCCAUCAGCUCGUCGUCUCUGUUUGCGGUGCCUGCUGCAGCAGCGAGGCCUCGCAGGACGGGGACCGUGCUGUUUUGGCUCCUUCCAGUUGUGCUCGCUUGGGUGCACUGGGAGUCUUAUCACCUGGCUGCGCACGUCGACGACGAACUCGAGGAGCUUUCACCCCAGAGUUUGAAUUCGCCUGGGAACUUCUCCAACGUGCUGGCAUCCGUCGGUGCUGAGUCCAUUCGCAUGAAGCUCCUGGCUGGGGAUAUGUUUGCGGCUUCCUGCGUGCGAGCAUCUAUGCGGCAGACCCAUUCGCACUUGCCCUCGCCUUCCAUGUGUUUGAGAAGUGCUUCAAACUCGAGCGAGUGA